AUGUUAUUGUGGCAUCUUUGCCACCAAAUUCUUCCAGUUGUUACAAUUCUAAAAGAUAAAAUUCCUAAUCUUAAUCCAAAUUGUGCUAGAUGUAUUGAUAAAGAGGAGGAUCAUAUGCAUGUUUUUAGGGACUGUUGCAAUUCUAGGGCUAUUUGGAAUAGGGUUUUAAACUCAAACAGACAUAUUGACCAACCUAGUAUGAAGGUGUUCAUGAAUAGUGAUUGGAAUACUUGGAUGUCGCUUAACACUGGAGGUAACAAAGAUCGGGUGAUGGUGUUUGGGGUAACUGUCUGGCAUAGAUGGAAAAAUAGAAAUGAGGCAGUGCUCCAGCAGAAAAUGAGGCAUGACUCUUAUGUUUUUAAUAUAUUAACAACAGAUUUGGUGGCCAACUCUAACUCUUUUCAGGACAAAAGGAAGAAGCAAAGUAUAGAAGCUAAUGUGUCAUAUGGAGGCUUCCUCAGACUGGUUUCUACAAAAUCAAUUCCGAUGGCUGUUUGA